AUGGCCGCCGCUCUCCGCUCGACGCGCGUGCUCCGCCAGAAGCUCACGGCCGACCCUCACGCGUACCACGCCACCGACGAGACCCCGCUCUGGCGCAAGAUCCGCCGGGCCAUCGUCGUCAACCCUGAGUCGUCGACCGGCAACCCGCUCGCGUCGGCCAACCGCCAGCCUGAACCCGCCUCGCGCCCGGAGAAGUUCACCGUCCCCUCGUCCAGGGCGUCCGACGUCGCGCAGAACCCCUACUUCAAGCGCGACUUCCGUCGCAUGUUCCCCAAGACGGAGGUCGUCACCCAGGGCGAGCUCGCCAAGCUCCUCAUUGCGCAGGGCGGCUUCGAGGCCCUCCCGCCCGUCACCGCCUCGGAGAGCGACAAGACGACCGCCCUCACGGCCGACUCGCCCGCCCCGUCCCUCGCCGCCCUGUACUCGACCCCGUCCGGCGCCUCGUCCGGCUUCCGCCCGCCAAAGCCUCCCGGCCGCAAGUACAACUGGCACGCCUCGAAGGAGCAGGCGCCGUCCGACCCCAACGCCUACUUCCCCAUGGUGCUCUUCGACACGACCUCGGCGUAA